GGCGGGGCGCUGGCGGCGCGGCGAUUGAAGGGCCGCUGGAUGCCGGGGACCGGGAGAACAGCCGCGGCAGCCGAAGGCCGGGCCGCUGCCUCCGCCAUGGAUCCGGUCCGGCUGUUCCGCGACGCGGUGUGAGGGGCCAGCCUUCCUUGCUGCUCCGAGCUUUGCGCAGCAGCCGGGAAUUGAUUUGACCCUGGACAAUUUCGCUGCUGCCCACAGGGCUCUAAACAGCCCCUGUAACACUGGAGAGACCAGGUGUGCGGUUAAAAAUGGUGCAGAAGUACCAGUCCCCUGUUCGAGUCUACAAAUAUCCCUUUGAGCUCGUCAUGGCGGCUUACGAGAAGCGCUUUCCCACGUGCCCAGAGAUCCCUGUCUUCCUGGGCAGUGAGAUCCUUCAGGAAUCCAAGAGUGAUGAUGGAGCUGUUCAUAUUGUCGAACGGAGCUGCAAGCUGAAUGUGGACGCUCCGCGGCUGCUGAAGAAGAUCGCUGGGGUAGAGUACGUCUUUUUCAUACAGAAGAACACCGUGAACUGGAAGGAGCGAACGCUCCUCAUUGAGGCUCACAACGAGACCUUUGCCAAUCGUGUUGUCGUCCUUGAGACCUGUAGCUACUCGGUUCACCCUGAGAAUGAAGAGUGGACGUGCUUUGAACAGUCUGCGUCUCUUGACAUCAAGUCGUUCUUUGGCUUUGAAAACACGGUGGAGAAAAUUGCCAUGAAGCAGUACACUGCCAACAUCAAGCGGGGCAAGGAGGUGAUCGAGCAUUACCUGAAGGAGCUGAUCUCCCAGGGCAUCACCUUCAUCCCCCGAUGGACGCCUCCACCAGUGAGCAGACAGAAGGAAAAGAGGGCCCUGGCUGUGGGACACAACCCUGGUAUUGUGCCAGCAGAGUCCUGCAUGCAUGGAACUACCAAAGAGCAGCCAGGCAGCUCCUGCCCUGCUGCAGAGAUGGCUAGCCCUGAUGCUGACAAACUGGACGCUGAGUACAUUGAACGGUACCUGGGGCAGCUGACUCCUAUGCAGGAAAGCUGCCUGAUCCGACUCCGUCAGUGGCUGCAGGAAAUGCACAAAGGCAAGUCAGAGGCUGGGGAAUGGAAGCCGGAAAAGAUCCCCAAAGAUGAGCAUAUCCUUCGAUUCCUGAGGGCUCGCGAUUUCAACAUUGACAAGGCUCGCGAGAUGCUCUGCCAGUCGCUGACUUGGCGCAAGCAGUACCAGGUGGAUUACAUCUUGCAGACCUGGAGACCCCCAUCCCUGCUGGAGGAGUACUACACCGGAGGGUGGCAUUACCAGGACAAAGAUGGCCGCCCCCUCUACAUCCUCCGCCUCGGUCAGAUGGACACAAAAGGUUUGGUGAAGGCCCUGGGAGAAGAGUCGCUCCUGCGACACGUUUUGUCCAUUAACGAGCAGGGACAAAAGAGGUGUGAGGAAAACACCAAUCUGUUUGGCCGUCCCAUCACAUCCUGGACGUGUCUGGUAGAUUUGGAAGGGCUGAACAUGCGUCACUUGUGGCGGCCUGGAGUUAAGGCGCUCCUUCGGAUAAUUGAGGUUGUAGAGGACAAUUACCCUGAGACACUGGGGAGGCUACUGAUCGUGCGAGCACCACGGGUUUUCCCUGUGCUGUGGACUCUGGUUAGUCCCUUCAUCAAUGAAAACACCAGGCAGAAGUUCCUCAUCUACAGCGGCAAUAACUACCAGGGUCCUGGAGGGCUUGUAGACUAUCUGGACAAAGACGUGAUUCCAGAUUUCCUUGGAGGAGAAUGUAUGUGCAACGUCCCUGAGGGUGGACUCGUCCCCAAGUCACUUUAUCAAACAGAUGAAGAACCGGAGAACUCUGAUCACAUCCGACUAUGGACAGAAACCAUCUACCACUCUGCAAAUGUUCUUAAAGGGGCUCCCCACGAGAUCGUUGUGGAAAUCCUGGAGGGUGAGUCUGUGAUCACGUGGGACUUUGACAUCCUGAAGGGAGAUGUGGUGUUCUGCCUCUUUCACUCCAAGCGAGCGCCCGAGACCAGUCGCAAAGAGGCCACAUCAUCAAGUGCUUCGACUGCUGGGGACAACGUGCAGCUAAUCGAUAAGAGCUGGGUUCUGGGGGUGGAUUAUAGCCGCAUGGAGUCUCCGCUGGUGUGCCGGGAAGGAGAGAGCAUCCAGGGAUCUCAUGUGACUCGUUGGCCUGGCUUUUAUGUUCUGCAGUGGAAAAUGCACAGCUCUUUGCCCUGCUCUGGCACCAGCCUCCAUCGAGUAGAUGAUGUCCUGGCUUCUUUGCAAGUUUCCAGUCACAAGUGUAAACUCAUGUACUACUUUGAGGUGCUUGCAUCCAAGGAUUUCAGGGGGUCCAUGUCAAGCCUGGAAUCCUGCAACAGUGGCUUUUCCCAGCUCAGUGCAGCCACGACAUCUUCCAACCAAUCCCAGAGCAGCUCCCUCAUUUCUAGAUAGCGUGGCGUAGGCUUCUAUUGACCUCUGAAAUGUUACAUCUGUGCUUGGAGGCCUCCCUCCAGGGCAGCUCUGGGGACCAACCCAAAGAGGCUGCAGUGUGCCUCCGCGUCAAGGCUUUGGGGGCAGUCAUUCAUAAGACCACGAGUAGCAGCAGUCUGGGGAACUCUUUGGAAUCUAUUUUCAGUAAGAGACGUGUGACUUUUCAAUCUGCAAACUGGAUUCCGUUGAAAGGCCUAUGUACCAGUUGUGUUUUAACAGACCUGUGUUUUAGGGUGAAUAUCACUUUGCAUGAAUCUGUGUAUUACUAAGGUCAAAGGGCUUUUUCCAAUCAGUCCUAUUUCUACAUACGAUAGAGGAGACUGAUGUGGCCUUAUCUGUAAUGACCCGUAGAACUAGACUUAUUCACAUGUAGCAAAAUUAGUCUAGUUUUUCUGGGCGCCUGCAAUACCAAUGACACUCAAGGUACAGUGGGUGUUUCAGCAGCAGGGACUUGAAGCAAAUUGUAAAUAAAUACCAGAAUACAGGCCAGUACCUGUACAGGCCAGGGUGGGGGGGGGAAGUGGAGAAACUUCCAAGGUAACCCAAACCUGAAACCUCUCCCAAUCCAAUUGGAUGUUGCUUGGAAGUACUUUCAAUUUUUUGUUAAAACAGUAUUUCCUACAGUGCGUAGGCAGAAAGCCUACCUCCAGCAAGCAAGUCCUUUCUUAAAGACACCCACUUGUCUUUAUUUCCUCCUCAGGUUUAUGAGCAAUAAAUGAGUGUUUCUCUGACCCAUCCCAUCAGACAUGGUGGGAAUCGAAUCACAUUAUAAAGGGCUAAGAAAAGCAAUAUGUUCUUUCCUUAAAGGCACAAAGUUUUAUGGCAGCAUUAUAGGAGCUGCUCCUUUAAAAACGGGCUAACUUGUAGAGGAGAGAACUCUCUCUCUUUUUCUAAAGUACGCGUGCAUGUGUAUUUAAACACUUAAUGAAACAUAUUUAUUCAAAUUGUAUCAUAGCUUAUUUUAAAUUAUUGUUUAUUUAUAAUGUCAGUGAUAACUAUUUAUUGAACCUGAUCACCUUUUUUAACCAGCUGCACUUUUUUGUUUUAAAAGGGAACGGCGGAUCUUGAAUCCCACAGACCUUUAGAUUUCAUUUCUAGUCUCUGUGGCAGCUGGGCAUCUUACCGUUCAGGGCUGUAGCACUCAGGGCAGCGUGUCAUCUCUUCUCCCAAAGCUCAUGGGAGUGGCCCCACUGACUUCAAGAUUACUCGCGUGAGUAAGGGUUUGCAAGAGCAGGGACCGAGCUUGUGGAUGUUAUUGGCAGGGAGGGAGCAUUAAGAGCUGUUGAAGAUAUGUUCUUGUACAAUCUCUGCUGAUUACAUCAGUGACGGACGUAUUGCAAAAGGAGUAAGAACCCAGUUAAAAUAAUUUACAUGGCAGAAAAGAAGUAACCUGUAUUCUUUCCUCAAGUACUAGGAAGUUAGAAAAACAGGUGGUCAAUACCGAGCUGCUUCUGGGCAGUAUUUGUAACUAACAGACAUGCAAGAGGUAUUCCUCAAUAAGCAGUUUAUCUUCUCUGCCCCAACCAUCCCUAACUGUUUUCACUAUCUUCAUUUGCUUGUUUCUAGGCACAGGGCACUGCCAGAACGGGGAGGAGGUGGGGGUACUAAUUGAUAACUGGAGCAAUGUACAUAAGAAAGUUAGUGUAUAAAUAUGUAGGCUGGAUUUUCAAAAGCUCCAGUGACAGCGCGACCAGCUACACAGUAAAACCUACUAAAUAAGAACGAACAUCAGGGACUCUUCCAAGCAUUUGUCAGUGUUUCAUUAUCUCCAUCAAGUGAACGAGGGUUUUGCCUUUCUCAGGUAGGGGCUGCCAUUUUAAUGAUACCUCUCAACCAAGUCCCAGUUUAAUGCAAAGAGGGAAUGGAAAAUGGGCUUCACCAUGAGAGAGCCCUGGAAAUCAAAGUUGGCGAGAGCGAGUGUAUUUGUACCCACAUACACAAAGUUGCUUUAACCACAGUUGACUCGCUUUCUAAAAACCAUUACUCAAUUUACUGUAUAACUUUUAAACUGUUUUGAUUUCUAGCACUUUCCAACAGCAAAGCCCAAGUCCUAUUCUGGGCCAUAUUUCCAGAUGGCUGCUUGUUUCUUGGUUUGACAGUUAAGUUUUUUCACAUUUACUCUGUCCCUGUGCGAAUAGUUCUCCUUCAUCCAGUAAAAAGUCCUGAAGGUGGAAUUCUCAGCUUAGAAUUUAUUACGCACCUGCACAUUCUGAACUGAGAUGGGGGAACAAGAGCCUUAAGUGGAAGGGGUAUAGGCCAGGGGAUGGCUCACUCCUGCUGUCUUUCUAGGGCUUCUUACAAGGGCCAGUGGUGUUUCCCAUGAUCCUGGAACGUCAAUCUCCCAUGCACUGAGUACCAUGUAUGAGGUUACACUGUAAUUCCAGACGUGGGACAAAGUAAAACUCCUCAUAAAGCUCACUUCUUCAGAGCAUGCUCCAGUGACUGGAGCGCAAGGUGAUUGGUGUCCUGGGUUCUAUUCACAGCUCCCCAUUGAUUCCUUGUGAUCCAGAGCAAAUUCUUUAGGCUAGAACAGUGACACUCAGACUGAGCUCCUGAGCUGCAAGUGGCUCUUUAACAUGUCUCUGUGGCUCUUCGCAACACAUGAUAUUAAAAUACCAUGUGAUUUUAAUUAUGAACCAAUCAGGAUGCUUUUACUAUGUUGUUAACCAAUUGUAGUUGAUAAAAUAAUAAUACUUGGGUCAGUCAUUUUGUGUGUGUGUGUAUAUAUAAAUACAUACACUAAAAUUUCCCCUGCCAGACCGUUUAAAGAUGAAUAUAUAGCACUACAGUAAAUGAAACAAUGCGUUCCCACUCUGGCAGCUCUCUUGGGUAAUGUUGAUCAUUAAUUUGGCUCCUAAACCACUGAGGUCUGAGGAUCACUGGGAUAGAACUUUCAAAAGUCCAAUGAUAGACCCCUGUAAGUUUUAGAAGUGCUGAGCACCUGUUGAAGUCAAUGGAGCUGUGGCUGUGCCACACUUCUGGAAAAUCAGGCCCAGCUGUCUAAUUGGGCACCCAGAAUGAAAUCACUUCUGUAAAUUUGGGCUUUAAUCUCUUUUUGUUUGUUACUCCAUCUGUAAAAUGCACACAAUACCUACCUCACAGGCUCAUUGCAAGGUUGACAUUUGUAAAGGCUUUGGAGAUCUUGAGAGGAAAGGCAAAGUGUUACAUGACCAUCUCUAUAGCUUAAAAAUCAGAUGGCCAUAUUUACACCUUGACUCGUGUGGGUCUGCAAAUAUACCCCAACUUGCUGUGUCCCCGAUUGUGUAUAAAACGUGAUUUGCAUUGAACUCUGGGUGCCAGACUACAUUUCUAUUGUCAUGCAGGGGCAAAAGCCAGAAUGUUCCAGUUGAGUUCAGGGCUUGUGGCUAAAUAUUUAAAUGGGGUUUGUUUUAAAGGGGCUUUUUUUAUUGUCCUGCAUGGACCACAAACUUAGUUUUGCAGAAGGGCUGAGAGGGACUUGAGUCCAAGUGGCCUUGAUCUGACUGAAGCAGCACUGCUAGAUUUUCUUCCCAGCAGCCCAUGUACGGAGAGAACCAAAAUGAGUGAGUGUUCUGGAGCACAAAAAUCAUACUAAUAAAGCACUAUUGUAUUUUUUUCUCUGUUAGGGAUAGACUGUAAAUUCCCUUUGAUAUGGAUCCUUUCUCUAUAUUGUUUUCCUACUGUGGAAAAUGUGUCGAAACAAUCUUCUAUUGGAUGAUUUAGCUAGUGAAAUGCUGAGCUAUGGUGAUGAUUCAGUGUUAGAGGAUUAGGAUACUAUUUCAGACAUUGUUUGAAUAGUCUUUGUUUUGCAUUUACAAUCCCAGAGCCCAGGGCUGGACUUCAGUGGCACAUUGCUGCUUAAAAGGUGGCAGUUGCACUCACCUUGCCUACAGUCUUGCAAACAAGACAGACUCUGAUGCCCUACUCCAAAGGUCAUUUUAACUGGUCAAUUUAAAAACUGGUUGGUGGGAAAAGGGCCAGAAUCUGCAGGUCCUACCUACUGAACUCAGGUGCUAAGCUGUCACGUGUUUAACAUAUCUGCUAAGGCCAGUUGUAUCAGCAAAGCCAGUGACCUUCUUUUGAAAUGCAGUUCACUUCCUCACCCUCCUCAUGCUAAUGGUCAUGUAAUUAUACUGUGAGACCCUUCUUUACAGGUUAAGGCUGAAAGACUAUUUGAAGGGCAUUUGUCAGCACCUUCUGCCUGGUGUUGGUUUUCUAUGCUCCCAGCACAGACUUGAGAAAAUUCUUCUAACUAGCCAUAAAGGAUGUUCACUGUCAGCAUUGACCAUGAAUCAGUUUUAAUGGCACUGUAACACUUCCAUGCUAUCUGUGUAUAAAGACUAAAUGAGCAUUAAUUUUUA